GUCCAAGGUCAUGGGUUAUCUACUGUAUAGACUACUGUAUUUCCACAUUAUUAAAUUGAACAUGAAAUUGAUUGCCACGAUUGCAAUAUUUGGACUGUUUGUUGUGAAUGCUGUUUGCGAUUGUCCUAAUGGUUAUAUGAGGCAUGACGAUUCCUGCUAUAAAUUGUAUGCUUCUACUAAAGCAUCAUGGGCCGAGGCAUUUAUGUAUUGCCAAGUGUUUGGUUCAGAUUUGGCAAUAAUUGAAACAGCAAGAGAACAGAACUUUGUAGAAGGUUUUCUUAGAAGGGAAUUCAAGUCAGGUAUGUCCGAUGGUGUGUGGAUAGGAGGUACAGAUUCUUUAGUAGAAGGCGAAUGGCAGUGGGUAAAAACUGGAGUGUCCAUCAACCAACAGGAAUUCACUCAUUGGUGGCCAGGAGAGCCAAACUCUAGUGGAAACCUCGGAGAAGAUUGCAUGGAUCUCCUUCACCACGAAAAUUAUAACUGGAACGACGAACGGUGUGAUCGCCAGGCAAAUUUCCUUUGCGAAAAACAGGCGGCUACAGGACAGCAGAUCAUUGGUUAAAGGACGGGCUUAAUUAUCAUAUGGUCGCUUACAAGUCAUAAAAACAAAACAAAUA